GUGGUCAGUAAGUGUCAGACAGAUUGCGGGAUAUAUCGGCGAUAAGAUAAAUUGUGGUGUUUCUUCGUAGAGGAUGUCGCGAAAAUGAUUUUUAAAGAUUUCGAGGGUGACUGCUCGGGGACUAAUAGCGUGAGGUGCUCUUUUGUGGUAAAAUGGUUUGUACACUGUAUUUAUUAAUUAAAUUGGUACGCGAGAUGAUGAGUGGAAAAGAUUGGAUUCUAAGGUUUGGUAUUGCGGUUAUGCACAUUUCCAAGAAGAUAUAAAAUUCAAAUUUUGGAUACAGUAAUAUAGCAUCAAAGAGAGUGGUGUCACGUAUGAAGAUUUAUUUCGUGCUGGAAAGAUAACGACGACUUUGAAGACACAACGUUCGGUUACUAGCUGAAAUGCACGUCUGAGAGAACUUCCAGGGAAUUUUAAAUUGGAAAAAUAAAUUGAAGCUUUCUAUUAACUUGCCGGAAACUUAAAAUAACGGAGUCGGAAGGUGAAAUUGAAGAAAGUUCAGUUCUUCGGAACAGAGUGCCGACCCAGCCUGUAACUUUCUUUCACUGUGAUACUCCGCCAUUACCAAAUAUUUAAAUUACAUCAAUUACAGAGAUACUGUUCGGUAAUUUACUUAAGGCAAUCUAAUCUCACUCCACCAAUUUUCCACUCAACUGUAAUAGCACGAUCUGUGAAUUACGAGAAGGAGUACGUAUCAUCGAGACAUUUCUACUCAAUUUGCGGUGUUAAAACAAGUGCUCAACAAGGCUAGCAAACGAACAAACAAAUCAACUACUUCCAUUAUCUACUCGCUAUUCAACAAUAACAUCGCGAAUUGUGAAUCAUUAAGAGAAAACAUUGUGCCAAGAUAUAUUUCUCUUAAUCACCUUUUAGAAGAAUUUCAGAAAAGGCAGUAGUUUCUGUAUCAGUGUUUUCCAGACAAUACUUCGGUGUUAAAACAGCAGUGCUUAAAAAGAUUCAAAGACAAACAAACACGUCAAGUGCCUCCACCAGGAUUCUACUCGCAACAUCCGAGGUCCCAGCAGGCUGAGUUGACCCACGCUGGCGGCAAGAUCCCCGGGGGCGGCACGGCGCAGCACGGCGCAGCUGGGUUUCGCGGCGGUAAAUCCGAGGACGUGGUGCGCGCCGGUGGUGCGUCUUCAAAGUGGCAACUGCCGAUCCCUCAGGCCGGCGAUUCGUUAAAAGACAUGCCGAACGGUGUGCUUCCUGAUGUUCGCCGUAAUUGUUCGACGGUGGAUGGGGUCGUCACGGCCAUAAAGCCGAUCAGCUGGAAGGAGAUUCGAAGCCGACUGAGGAUGUCCUCAAAGAGGAAGUCACCACCAACGAAGCUAUCGGAGGGCGGGGGCGGUACGGGUACAGUGGCAGGCGCCAACGAGGAGGAAGAGGAUACGACCUCGUCGGUGACCGGUGGUCCCGGUGGCGAGGUAGCCGUCGGUGAAGAAGGUCCUACCACCCCCGUCGAUAUCGAGGAGUGUUACCCUCAUCAGAGGGGAGGUGACUGCGAGUCGUCCGGCUGUUCGUCGCCGGCGACUACCAGCGAGCCGGAUCUCCGAGAUUCGCCCUCGCCAUCGUCGAAUUCCCUGCAAAGCAAACGACAAAGGAUCGUUUUAUCCAGCCAGGAGACUCUAACCUCCUACCAUUAUCCUCACCACCAUCACCAUCACCAUCAUCAUCAUCACCAUCACCACACGAACACAUCAUCGUCGUCGGGUGGUGUCGUGGAACCGGCCAGCUCCUCGGAGUGUGGCUCGCCGCCAACCCCCUUAACCGUCGACCCCUAUUACCCGAGCCAUCCUCACCACAACAACAACAACAAUACCGUCACGCAGAAUAAUAACAAUAACAACGGCGGUAACGCAACAACUGUUACGAGUAAGAGAUCCAUGGACGACGUUCUCAAGAGGUUAACCUGUAAAAUGAACAGCGAGUCGCUGUCGUUGCAGGACGAUACCAGUAAUAACAGGCGGAACAGUCCGCCACCCUCCUCUACGCCGACCGGACACAACGCGCACUGCGGAGGCGUCGCCAGCGUGGCGAACAGCGUGCCACCCUCACCCCCGGCCUCUGGCAGGAUGCAGAACACGGAAAGUCAGGUCCAGCAGGAUAGCGCGUCAGCGUUCCUCUUCACGGAAAGCUUCGCAGAGAAGGAGCGCAGGCUCUCCGAGAUGAUCCUACAGCUGCAGCUGCUCAGGGAACAAUUGCUGCAACAGCAAGAUCAGUCGAAGUCGUAUCCUGCGCACAUGACCGUCGACUCGCAGAAGCAAAUCGAGAUACAACGGAUGCAAACGGAGCACUUGAAGCGGCAGCAAGAGCACAUCAUGCAGCACAACAUCCAGGAGCUACAGGCUCAGAUGACAAAGAGCCAGCUGAGCAUGUCGGGGCCGCAAUCCUUGAUGUUCCUACCGUUUCUCGAACAGCUCAGAGGGUUGCCGGUGCAAUCGCCUAUGCCGCCACCGCCGGCUACGUCGACAUCAACCACCACCAACAAACAUAUCAAUUCGAUCGCUAACAUGAUCAGCAGUCACCGGGAAGGACCGAGCUGGGCGACGGCGCAUCUCGCGCAAAUGACCACGCAGAUGGAGAAGGAAGCGUCGCCGACGCCGAUCUCGUCCGCCGUAGCACCAACCGCACCUCCUCUGCAGGAUCUCGACGCACCUCUCAACCUCACCAAGCCGAAAUCCUCGUCGUCGGGAGCCACGGCAUCUUCCUCGUCACCUGGUAGCGACUCGCACUCGACAGGGGCCGGAAGUAGCGGUCAACAGGAGCAACCAGUCGCGGCGACCGCGCCGAAACUCUUUCCGCCUGGUCUACCGAUGCCACGGAAUUAUCUCACAACCCUUCCUUAUGCAGGUCUGCCACCUCAUCUGAGCACCCUCUCCUCGCCAAUGGGCAAGGUAAUGGCCAAAGACGAAGCGGCUGGACCAGGAGGUGCCGUGACUGCCGCCGCGGUUGCCGCCGUCGAAAAGCAUUUCGCUAUGCGUGGCAUUUACGGGAUACCACCGAGUGCUGGUGCAAUGCCUCCGUCGCCGCAGACUCAACGACCGAUCAAGCACUCCGGUUCCCGGGAGGAGGCUGCGCAGGAGGAACAGGAUUAUCUGUCCACGCCCCACAUGUGGCGGGAGCCGGGUUACAAGGUACCGGAAGACAUAACGGAAAAAGCUAAAAUGGUGAGACAGCAGAAGAGGGAGGGUGAGAACAAGCCACAUAUCAAGCGGCCUAUGAACGCGUUCAUGGUGUGGGCCAAGGACGAGCGUAGGAAAAUUUUGAAAGCCUGCCCGGACAUGCAUAAUUCCAACAUAUCGAAAAUACUCGGUGCUCGAUGGAAAGCGAUGUCGAACUCUGAGAAACAACCAUACUACGAGGAACAAUCACGACUGUCGAAGUUGCACAUGGAGAAACACCCCGACUACAGGUACAGACCGCGACCAAAGCGCACCUGCAUCGUUGAUGGGAAGAAGAUGCGCAUAUCCGAGUAUAAGUCGCUGAUGCGGCAACGACGGCAGGAAAUGAGGCAGCUCUGGUGUCGUGACAGCGGGCCAGAGAUGAGCUUCCUGUCUCCGGUGGGCUCGGACCUUAGCACGCAACAUCAUCCAGGAACGGGGGCGGCCGGACCAUCGGCAAGGCCUAGCGUGUCGCCGCCGGCUACCAUGUUGAACGGCGGUGCGGCUGGUCCCAGUUCCGAUCAUCCAUCGUUCUACUAUACGCAAGACAGUUUAUCGCCGUCGGAUAUGAUGAACUUCUCGCCGGAGAACUCGGGCUCGAUCGGUGGCUACGACGCCAGUCCGCGACAUCACGACGAAGAUUGA